AGGUGAAAUGAUGAAUGCUUUUAUCAUGACUUUAAAACAUGAUGAUGGGGGUGUAUGUGCUUUGUUCAUUUCUGCAGCUGGAUUCCUUUGGCACCAUUACUAUCGAGGAGCAGAUCGUGCUUAUGCUGAAAGCCAAAGUACAGUGCGAGCUCAACAUCACAGCUCAGACCCAGGAGGGAGAAGGUAAUUGCUUCCCAGAAUGGGAUGGACUCAUUUGUUGGCCCAGAGGAACAGUGGGGAAAAUAUCAGCUGUCCCAUGCCCUUCUUAUAUUUUUGACUUCAAUCAUAAAGGAGUUGCUUUCCGACACUGUAACCCCAAUGGAACAUGGGAUUUUGUGCAUAGCUUAAAUAAAACAUGGUCCAAUUAUUCAGACUGCCUUCGCUUUAUGCAGCCCGAUAUCAGCAAACGAAAGACGAUUGCACUGCACUAGAAACUACAUCCACAUGCACUUAUUUGUGUCUUUCAUGAUGAGAGCUGCAAGCAUCUUUGUCAAGGACAGAGUGGUCCAUGCUUACAUAGGUGUAAAGGACCUGAAGUCCCUGGUAACGCAGGAUGGCCUACAAAAUUCCAUUGAAGCACCAUCUUUGGAGAAGUCACAGUAUAUUGGGUGCAAGAUUGCUGUUGUGAUGUUUAUUUACUUCUUGGCUACAAACUACUAUUGGAUCCUGGUGGAAGGUCUCUACCUGCACAGUCUAAUCUUCGUGGCGUUCUUUUCGGACACCAGAUAUCUUUGGGGCUUCAUCUUGAUAGGCUGGGGGUUUCCAGCAGUGUUUGUGGCAGCUUGGGCUGUGGAACGAGCCACUCUGGCUGAUGAAAGGUGCUGGGAACUUACUGCUGGAGAUAAGUGGAUUUAUCAAGCCCCCAUCUUAGUGGCAAUUGGGCUGAAUUUUAUUCUGUUUCUGAAUACAGUUAGAAUUCUGGCUACCAAAAUAUGGGAGACCAAUGCACUUGGGCAUGACAUGAGAAAGCAAUACAGGAAACUCGCCAAAUCGACACUGGUCCUUGUCCUGGUCUUUGGAGUGCACUACAUCGUGUUCAUUUGCCUGCCCCACUCCUUCACUGGGCUUGCCUGGGAGAUCCGCAUGCACUGUGAGCUCUUCUUCAACUCCUUUCAGGGUUUCUUUGUGUCUAUCAUCUACUGCUACUGCAAUGGAGAGGUUCAAGCUGAGGUGAAGAAGCUGUGGAGUCGGUGGAAUGUGUCCCUCGACUGGAAAAGGAUGCCGCCCUGUGGCAGUCACAGAUACGGCUCAGUCCUCACCACUGUGACUCACAGCACAAGCAGCCAGUCCCAGAUGGCAGCCAGCACUCACAUGGUGCUCAUCGCAGGCAAAACGGCCAAGCCUGCCCCCAGACAGCCUGACAGCCACGUGACUUUGCCUGGCUAUGUCUGGAGUAACUCUGAGCAAGACUGCCUGCCACACACAGUCCAAGAAGAGACCAAGGAAGGUAAUGGGAACCAGGGACUGAAUAUCCCAGUGGAUGCAUCUUCCAGGGCACUGGAAGUUAAUGCAGACACGGACGGAUGCAAAAGAGUGACUGAGGAUGUUCUGUGAGUCAUCGUUUGUGGCUCUGAUGAGCUGGUGGAUCCGGGUGUGUGAAGGUUGACUGGCACUCUUCUGCUUGAGCCUGAUGACUUGCAAAUCCAGGGUGAAGAUGUUAGUUGACAUAAGUUUUCAGGUUCCACUAAUUUACUCUUAAUAGAUACUAACAAAAUGAAAGGAGAAGUGUUAGUGGAGUGGUUUCUUGUGUUUUUUGGCAGCAAUUUAUUUUCCAAAUUGAUGUGUAAUACUUGCUUUGUGAUCAGUUUUUCUGCUACUUUUGGAUAGAAAACAUAUCUAUUGGGUAGAAAAAGUUUCUGUUGCUUGGCUGUAGCUUUCUCUCAUGAUUACCACCCUGAAUAUGUUAGAAUUUGGUAUGUGUAAUUUUCCUUUUAAGAAAUCAACACUCUGUUUUUCUCUUUCCCACUUUAAUGUAUUAUUGUUGCAUUCAUUUUACUUGUGCAUCAAGGCAUUUAGGAACUGAAAAAUGUAUGUUGAAAGAUUAAAGAUCUAAGAACAAAUACACACUGGAAAGUUAGUUGGCUGGACAUUGUUAAAAUAAUAAAUCUGUGACAAUUAAUGUCGAUUCUUUCUAGGAACAAGGAAAAUUGUCAAGAAGAACAUUUCACUUAUCCAUCCUUUAUGAAUGCUCCCUUAUGACAAACCAAUCCCUAGGUAUCCAGAACUACCUCUUGGUAAAUGGUGAAUGUCAAAAUGUUUUCUUUCAGUGAGCUUGUGUCCACCAACUGAAUUUGUUUGUAAUUGUUAAAAUUGAUAGUAAAUCACACAGCAUCUCUCUUUUUCUUCCCUCUUCUGUUUUUUUGUUCUGUUAUAAAUGGCAGGGGAAUAAAUUAAAAGUGUUUAAAAGUUCAAUUUGGGGGCCUGGCGCUAUGGUAUAGUUGUUUAAGCCUCCACCUGUGAUACUAAUAUCUGAUAUGGGCACCAGUUUGAGUCCCAGUUGCUCCACUUCCAAUCCAGCUCCCUGAUGAUGGCCUGGGAAAGCAGUGGAAGAUGGCCCAACAUGGGAGACCCUGUACCAACAUGGGAGACCCAGAAGGAGCUCCUGGCUCCUCUGUAUUUGAAUUUGUUUCCAACUGCCGCGGCCAUCUGGGGAGUGAACCAGCAGAUGGAAGACACCUCUCUAUCUUUCUCCCUCUCUCUAUCUUUAACUCUACCUCUCAAAUAAAUAAAUGAAUUUAAAAAAUUAAAAAAAUACAAUUUGGGUAAGUUUUCUAAAAUUUCCUUUUCAAUGUACCACAUUAUUUUGAGAACAAUCAAGUUUCCCUCUAUGUUCCUAAAUUUGUACUUAUGAGAUGCAUGAAGUUUGUAUAAUUUAAAUGAAAGGUUUCUAGGUUUAAAAUAAAAGGGAGGUCGGCGCUGCGGCUCACUUGGCUAAUCCUCCGCCUAGCGGCGCCGGCACACUGGGUUCUAGUCCCAGUCGGGGCGCCGGAUUCUGUCCCAGUUGCCCCUCUUCCAGGCCAGCUCUCUGCUGUGGCCCGGGAGUGCAGUGGAGGAUGGCCCAAAUGCUUGGGCCCUGCACCCCAUAGAAGACCAGGAGAAGCACCUGGCUCCUGGCUUCAGAGAAGCGCGAUGCGCCGGCUGCAACGUGCUGGCCACGGUGGCCAUUGGAGGGUGAACCAACGGCAAAAAGGAAAACCUUUCUCUCUGUCUCUCUCUCUCUCACUGUCCACUCUGCCUGUCAAAGAUUUAAAAAAAAAUUAAUAUUCUCUAGAACAGUGGUACAUAAUGUUUCAUCAAAAAUCCUUGCAAUAGCUGAGUGGAGCUAAUCAGCAUUGUAUUCAUUGUGGAAACUGAUAAAGAGCCAGGUAAUGAUAGAGGUAGAAGCUCCAAGACUUCAUUACUCGUCACUACUGCUGUACCUGUUUAGUCAAAAAAAAUCAUGAAAUCAAUCAAUAUCUUAAGCAGGGUGGUUAUGCCAGGACCUAAUUUACAGGAGUUAGUGCAUAAUCAUGUUUUAAAAAGUGGAACAGGUCACACUUAUAGCAGUUAUUGUUCCAUUACAAUUCUGAAAUGCAGAUAGGCAUACAUCACUAACUACUCAAACUGAUUCCAGUUCUGCUUCCUAAGAGUGAUUUUCCAUGGCUCUUUGACCCUUUGCUCCUGGCUCUGAACACUGAGUGAUUCUUUAUGUGGCCACCAAAGAUCUGAUUGUUGUCUCUAGUUUUUCCUUUUCAAAAAUGUCAUGCAUAAAUAGAAGUAUUUACUACCUCUUUGAGAUCACCUUUAACUUUCACAUGGAAGUAAAAACAUAUUUUUCUUUCUAUACCUAACUUCUUUCUUUUAAAAGAUGUUCUAAUCAUGUUGUUUCAAGUGACAUUAUUUCACUCUUUUAUAGCUGAAUAUUCCAUUGCGUGACACCACACACACACAUACACACACACACACCACACAUCCUUCACACAUAUCACAUAUAUCAAUUCAUCAAUCGAUAGACACAAACUUUAAUUCCAUUUCUUAGAUUCUUUAAAUAAUGCUGCAAUAAACACACGAGUACAGAUGUUUCUUUGGCAUACUCAGUUCAAUUCUUCUGGAUAUACAUGGAGACCUCAAAAACUUAACUGAAAAAUGUAAUGCAAAGAUACGUUUAUUUUGCAUAAACUUUUUGAAAACCAUGCACAGUUUUUCAUUAUAUGCAUCUGCUAAAAACUGUUCAAAGAAGCAAUAGAGAGAUACAGAAUCCAGUGAUAACUCUAUGUCUAGUUUUUGACGGUUCAUACUGUUUUUCAUAAUGGCUGUGCUAAUUUACAUUCCUAACAACAGUGUAUGAGAGUUCCCCUUUAUCUGUAUCCUCACCAGCAUUUGUUAUUUGUAAUUUUGAUAACAGCCGUUCUAACUGGGGUGAGAUGAUAUUGCGAAUUCAAUUUGAAUUUCCCUGAUAGUGAUGUUGAGCAGCUUUGCAUGUACUUACUGGUCCUUUGUACAUCCUCUUUUGGGGAACAUCUAUUUAAAUUAUUUACUCAUUUCAUGAUCUGUUUUUGCUGCUGUAUUGCUUCAAUUACCUAUGUAUUCUGAAAAUUAAUUCCUUAUCAGAUGAGCAUUUGAAAACAUUUUCCUUUAUUCUGUAAAAAGUUGACUUCUCACUGUCAAUGGUUUCCUUUGCAAUGUCACAGCUUUUCAAUUUGAUGUAAUACUCUCCUUUUUGUUUUUGUUGCUUGUCUUUUUGGAGUAAUAUUAAAAAAAUCCAUACCCAGAUUAAUUGUGUGAAGUAUUUACUUUAUACUUUCUUCUAGCAGUUUCAUAGUUUUGAGUCUUGUGCUAAGUGCUUAUUCCUUUUUGAGUUUAUUUUGAAUAUGGUGAGAGAGGUUUGUUUUCCCAGCUCUACUGAAAAUGUUUUCAUUCUCCAGUGCACACAUUUGCUGUCUUUUAAAAAAUCAGUGGGCUCUAAAUAUGUUGAUUAAUUGCUGGGUUCUUUAUUUUGUUUCAGUGAACUAUGUGUCUGUUUUUAUGUCAGUUCCACACUAUUUUGGUCACUAUCAAUUUGAAGAAUGUCUGGAAGUCAGGUGUAGUAAUGCUUCCAGCUUUGUUCUUGCUCAAGAUUGCUUAGGCUAUUCAAGAUCUUUUUCCGGUUCCAUAUACAUUUUGUGAUUGCUUUUCUAGUUCUGUGAAAAAAAUGUCAUUAGUAUUUUGAUAAGAACUGCUUUGGAUCUGUAUAUGUGCAGGAGUGGGGGAGGUAGUAGAAAUAUGUUAACAAUAUUAAUUAAUUCAUGAACAUGUGGUGUUUUUCCAUUUGUUGGUAUGCUCUUCAAUUUCUUUUAUCAGUCUUUGGAAAUUUUCACUGUAGCUAUCAUUCAUUUUCUUGGUUAAAUUUACUCCUAAAUAUUUUAUAGUACUAUAUUGAAUAUGAGUGGAGAAAAUGGACAUUCUUAUCUUGUUCUUUAUCUAACAGUAAGUGACUUCAGCUUUUUCCCAUUCAAUGUGAGGUUGGGUAUAAUUUUGUAAUAUAUAAUCUUUAUAAUGUUGAGACAUAUUCCUUCUAUGUAUAAUUUAAGGUUAUUAUGAAUGGAUAUUCAAUUUUAUCAACGGUUUUCUGUAUCUGUUGAAAUGAUCACACAUUUGGUUUUUUUCUGUUGAUGUGGCAUACUACGUUAUCAAUUUGUGUAUUUUAAAUCAUCCCUGCAUCCAUUGGAUAAAUCUCACCUUAUCAUGAUUUAUAACCUUUUUACUGUUCCUUAAUUUAUUUUGCUACUAUUUUAUUGAGAACUUUUGAAUUUGUGUUCAUCCAGGUAUAGGUCUCUAGCCUUCUUUUUGUUGUUGCAUUUUUGUCUUGUUUUAGUAUUAAAAUAAUGCUGGCCUUGUAGAAUAAGUUUGAAAGUGUUCCCUUUCACUAUUUCAAAAUAGUUUGAGAAUAAUGGUGAUAGCUUUUGUUGUUGUUGAACAAGAAAUUUUUAUUCUACAUUUAAAUAUUCACAGAACAUAUUCAGUAACCUAUGAUUAACCUAUGAUACUUGCCACAUGAUACUCUUGCCUUGAUGAUCAAGCAAACUUAGAUUCUUCACCUAAACUAGUGCAUUUUGUCUUUAAAGUUUGAUAAAAUUUCAGUGAAGUUAUCUCGUCCUGGAGUUUCCCUUGUUAAGAAACUUAUCACUGAUCCAAUCUCCUUACUCAUUAUUGACCUGUUCAGGUUUUCCAUGUCUUCAUGGUUCAAUUUUGAUACAUGAUAUGCAUUCAGCAAUGCAUAACAUUUGGUUUUCCAAUUCAGGAUAGGAUGAUUAUUCAUAAUAGUCUUUAAUGAUUCUUAGUAUUUAUGGGGUAUCAGUUGUCUAACUCAAAGUUCAUGACUAUUGUAUAUGUUCUCAACAAUGACGAUUUCAUGUCAUUGAUCAAGCUUUUAUCAAAAGUCUCUUAUUUCAUUUAUUUCUGCUCCAGUCUUUCUUAUUUCUCUUCUUCUACUAAUUUUUAGAGUAUUUUUAUUUAUGGUUCCUUAAGUUGCUUCACUAGGCUUUUUUACUUGCAAUAUUCCCCCUCCCCUUUCUUUUUGAGACAACUGGAAGGCAUCAUGUUGAAUGAAAUAAAUUGGACACAGAAAGGCAAAUUCUGCAUGUUCUCUCUUACAUGUAGAGCUAAACCUUUUAAAAGGAAAAAUUUUUUAAAAAAGAAAACCUGUGUGUAUCGGUACUGUGCAAAUACAGUUUUGUUAAACUAAUGGUUAAGAAAGCUAAACUACUAUAGUCUUAAUGAUCUGUGAUUACUUUGAUAUUUAUUGUAUGUGGGUGAAAUGGUCCUCUUUUCAUUUGACUACUAUUUAUAGCCCUUGCUUACAUUGCCAUUACAAGCCCUGCACAUCCCUGGCAUAGGAAAAGACCCCAGAAGCAAAGGCAAUCAAAGCCAAAAUUGACAAAUGAGAUUACAACAAACUGGAAAGCUUUGCACUACAAAAGAAACACAUAGCAAAGUGAAGACUGAAUGAGGGAACAUUUUUGCAAACUAUGCAACUGAUAAAGGAUUAAAAUCCAGAAUAUAUGAAGAGUUCAAGAAACUCAACAACAAUAAAACAAGCAAUCCACUUAAGAAAUGGGCAAAGGACUUGAACAGACAUUUUUCAAAAGAGGAAAUCCAAAUGGCCAAAAUGCACAUGAAAAAAAUGCUCAGGAUCACUAGCCAUCAUGGAAAUGCAAAGCAAAAUCACACUGAGCUUUCACCUCACCCUACAAUGAAUCUCAUACAGAAAUCAACAAACAACAAAUGCUGGUCAUGAUGUGGGAAAAAGAGUACCCUAUUCAGUGUUGGUGGGGAUGUAAACUGGUACAGCCAUUGUGGUAAACAGUAUGGAGAUACCUUAGAAAUCUGAAUAUAGACCAAAUAUAUGACCCACAAAUUCCAUUCCUGGGAAUUUACCUAUGGAAAUAAAAUCAGCAUAUGAAAGAGUUAUCUGUACUCCUAUGUUCAUUGCAGCCCAAUUCACAAUAGCUAAGAUAUGGAAUCAACCCAAAUUUCCAUCAACUAUUGGCUGGAUAAAUAAAUUAUGUUAUGUAUACACUAUUAAAUACUACUCUACUUCAUGGUUAAAAAAAAAGAAAAGAAAAAUUAAAUCUUAUCUUUUGCAACAAAAUGGAUGCAACUGUAAGCCAUUAUAUUUGGUGAAAUAAGUCAGUCCCCCCAAAAAUCAUGUGUUUUGUAUAAUACAUGGUAACUAAUCAAGUACCAAAAAGUAUAAUGUAUUAUAGUGAAAUGGACAUUUUGAGAUUCAAUGAUUAUAUACAGCCUUUGUCUCUACUGUUCAGGAACCAUGGUUUUUCCUCAUACUACUUCUUGAACUCUUUAAUUAUUGUUCCUUCAAUCUCAUGAGUAUAAUGUAAACUGAAAAUAGAUCUUUGUAAAAAUUAAGAGUGGAAUAGGAAAGAGAGGAAGAAGAACGGUGGGGGUGCAGUUGAAGAUUGACCUUGUUUUCCUUUUUAUUUUCUUUUUUUUUAAAGAUGUAUUUAUUUAAUUGAAAGGUAGAGUUAUA